UUUCGUUUGAGGUAGCGGUUGAACAUUUGAAGGCCUGGAUGGAAAAUUUAGGCUCGGGGAAAUCUGUGGCUUUUUGAGGGCUCUGCAGUUAAAGCUUGAAAGGUCUGGAGUAAAAAAAGUUUGUUCUCAGGCAGUAAAGGAACAAGCUGCUACCUUUUCAUGAUAGAUUCAAAAAUGAUGCUAACAAUUAGAAACCUGGCUUCUGCCUGUAAGAAGGAGGAAAACCAGUUCUUCAGAAAUUGGCAAGCAGGAGGGAUCGGAAAUCUUCUUUCCAAGUGGCGUGUUCAUCUCCUCUUUGGGUUAAUCCUCUUGCCCUGUAUCAUCCUGGGAUACGUCUGGCAAGUAUACAAAGGAAGUUGGCUGGACUGGAGGAUCUCAAUGACAUGUGCAGACAGCAGUGGCGGCGACGCUUUAUUGCUCUCAGCGAACAGCAGUGGCGGCGACGCUUUAUUGCUCUCAGCGAACAGGAAUAAGACUAACCCCUUGGAUGACUUAGAGGAAAUAGAGCUUCCCAGAAUGAUCUACACAAAACCCCAGGUCUUUCAGCUACCGAGAAGUGACGUCCUUACAAUGACGCCCUGGUUUGCCCCAAUUGUUUGGGAAGGGACCUACAACCUGGAGAUCUUGAAUGAGCAGUUCAGACAGAGGAAUGUGACCGUUGGCCUGACAGUGUUUGCAAUCAAAAAAUAUGUUGUUUUCCUCCGGAAGUUUAUCGAAACUGCAGAGAUUUACUUCAUGGUUGGGCACAGAGUGAAUUAUUACGUCUUUACAGACAGGCCUCAAGAUGUUCCUAACAUAACUCUCAAAGAAGGGAGGCAGAUAGUUUCUCUCCAAGUCCAGAAUUACCCCCGGUGGCAGGAGAUCUCCAUGAGACGCAUGGAGAUGAUCAAUCACUUUUCCCAAGAGCGGUUUAUCUACGAAGUCGACUACUUGGUGUGUGUCGAUGUGGACAUGCGAUUCAGUGACCAAGUUGGAGUCGAGAUUUUGAGUGAGCUCUUUGGCACCCUCCAUCCGGGCUUCUAUGCUGCUCCACGCAACAGAUUCACCUAUGAGCGGCGGGCUGUUUCGCAGGCUUACAUCCCCUAUGAUGAGGGGGACUUUUACUACGCCGGGGGCUUUUUCGGAGGAACGGUGCCCGAAGUGUACAAACUCACGAAGAAAUGCCACAAAGCCAUCAUGGCGGACAAGGAGAAGAAGCUGGAGGCUAUCUGGCAGGAGGAGAGCCACUUAAACAAAUAUUUCGUAUACCAUAAACCGACAAAAAUCCUUUCCCCAGAAUACUUAUGGGAUAAUAACAUUGGUAGCCCAGCAUUCCUCAAGAAAAAGAGAUUCCUGGCUGUUCCCAAGAACCAUGCCGCUAUCAGAAAUAAAAGGAGCUUGGCCGUGAGAUGAUAGCUAGACUUUUUCUGCAAAAGGUGGAAUUUAAUAAAAUAUUUUAUUUAUAACAAGAGGCGUGUGAUUACCAGAUCUUCGGGCACUUCCACACUGUGACUCUUUACGAUGGCAGAGGCACUGCUUUUCUACAAGAAGCUAAAAGUGGAGUUAAGACCGUGCUUCCACGAUGCACUUAAUAUAUUGCUGUGUUCCUUGCUGAAAAACAAACAGGAAUACUCAGAAAUAAAUCUUAUUCUAUUCAAUGGUACGUACUCUCUAGAGCAGGGGCAGGCC